GUUGUCUUAAAUCUAUGUCUUUGCAGUCAUUUUAUGCAGGUGAUUUUAAAAAGUAGAUUUUUGACCUGAUAGAAAUGGAAAUGUUUCUUGGAAAUGAGAAGGAAAUUUCUAUGAGGAAUAUAUGAGAUUAUUAUCUUUAAAAUCUAACAGGCAAAAUUUGUGGAAACCUCUUGAAAAAUAAGCUACAUCUUCAUGUCACAUCCCAAGGAAAAUCUUGAUCUGCUCACUCAAUGAUGCCUAAAUAAUUUUCAUAAUCAAAUCCUGCAGCCAGUAUUCUCCAUGUGAGGAGAAAACCUGCAAGCUUGGUCUGUUAAAGUUGUCAGGCUUUGCCUUCUGCUGAGGAGUGAGCUCUGGAAUCAAGGAGUUUUCAUAGAAAACACCUGAUAAUUUAUGCUUUUUUCUUCAAAGAUUAUUAAGUAGAAUGUUAGCUGGAUGUUUGCUGGUAAACAAAUGGUGCCCUUUGGAGAGCUUUAAACAGUAAGUGCCAUCUGAGAAACAAUAUAUAGCUAGAGGCCAAUCUACAGGCAAGCUGUAUUAUUUUCUCAGCAUAUAGCAAAGUUAAACAAGCAGCUGUUUUCUGCACUGCCUUCAGCUUUUAGCUGGCCUUGUGUGGUCUGGCUGGAUUAUGUUACAGUAAUCUGGUCCUGAUGUGACAGUCUUUGGUAAACAUAGCAAUGAGCAUAACUGGAACUGUCUUUUCUUACAUAUUUCUUUAUAGGAAGAGAAGAGCCAAAAGAGUAGUGCUUGCUUAUGACUCUCCAUUUGAAUAGGAGUUUCUCAAGAAUUAAGGAGACCCUGAGGUGUAAUCUUGUAUGAAAAGAAAUGCAGUUUAUUUUCUUCCCCAGAGCAGUUGUGCCUGCUUUCAUCACUUGAUUGAAACUUAGACUUUUUCUGGGGAUUUCUCUUUAAAAUUUACUUGUGAGUUUUUGUAAAAGAUCAACCAUGUAUUUACUCCAAGAAGGGGAAAAGCUUCCUUCUGUCCUGUUAAAAAUCUGUUUCACCAGCUCAGUAACAGGGCCAAUAUUCUCUGUGUUGAUCUCACCUGGCCACUGUUCCUAUUAAGUUUGCCUUCACAGAAGCCAUGGCACUGUGUUGUGAUUGCUCUACCUCAGAGCAAGGCUCCAUGCUCUUAUUACUAUAGUUUUGUUAGUACUGGCAAGACAAAGUAUUGAAGUAAUCCCCUGUUGUUCUGAUUGAUUUCCACAGUUUUCUGGCAUUAGCUGAGUUUUGCCUCAGCAGCCAUAGCCAUCUGCAUCUGGUCCAGCUUCUGGCUGCAUUCGUGCAGGGGGUCAGUAGCUCCAGUGGAAGAUGGAUGUCUGAUUCAUGUGGUUCAAGACUGAGGAAAUGAUUGCAGUCCUCAGUUCUUCCCCAAGUCAGUCUGAUAGAACAAAGGAUUAUAUGAUGUCAGUGUAAUUAAAUUGUGCCUGACCAAAAUUCCUUUCAAACAUGCCAGUUAUGUCUUUUUAUUGAACUGAAGAGUGGCCAAAAAAUCUUUGCACUGUCCUCAUGGGGAUGAGGGCUGCAAUUUUCUGUAGCUAGCUUGUGGGAAUUUCCAAGAGCAAAUACAUUGACCCUCUGCUGGAAACUGUUUAUAUAUCAACAGUUUUUUCUUUUAUGGUUUCCACUAUUUAAUAUUUAUUUUAAAGCGUUGGUGUGCUGUAUGGAUGCAGGGCAAUUCAGCUUCUUCUGAAUCAGUGAUUGCAAAUGCUCCCAUUUGGGUAUUCUUCCUUACGUUUGUCAGAUCUCCAUAAGACAUGACUGGUUUGGUUUGUAUUAUGAAUGUAUGUUUUGUGCAUUUUUGGUGACAUAUUAUGGAAUUUUGCUUUUUUCACCCCUUAAACUACAGAUGGUAACCUCUCCCUGCCUCAGAUUUUCUGGUGAAAGAGUGCUCUAAUAAAUUAUGUUUUAGGAGGUAGGGUGUGAAGAAUUGUGAACACUUAAAACGUGGUCAGGAAUCACAAAAAAAGAGCUGGAGGACAAAAAUGUUUAAUAUGCCAGUUUAUACUACAGCCAGUUGCUGUGAGAUUUAGCCAAGUAUUUCAAGUUUUGAGUUAUGACAAGAUUCUACUGUGCUGAUGACCUGCCUAAUAAUGUUUUUUAUGCACUGCUUGAUUAUAGAUUAUAGAGAUGAAACUUGAUGCUGAAAAUGGGAGAUACUGAGCUAGCCUUACUACUGUGAGAUACCAUUCCUUUAGACCAAGGCAGAAUAGAGUGCUGGCUGGACUUCAGGUAUAGACCCAGGUAUCUCAGACAUUUUAUGAAAGAGCAAUUCCAGCUAUUUCCUAUCCUUUAACUACUAGUUUCUACAUUACUAAGUGAGGACUAACAGUUUUCUAUUUGUAGUCACUUAAAAUGAAUUUGUGAACUUCCUUAAUGAAACAUGAAGCUAUUUCAUAAAAAAAAUCAAAUCAAAUUAUAAUAUUGUAGCUGUUGGAAGUAUAAUCCCAACAGUUAGGGAUUUACAAUUUGUCUAAACCAUAGCAUUUUGCUUAGUAGAUCUUGUCAGCUAGGAAUGCUGCUUAAAUUUUUUUAUUAUUUUUGAGGCAAGUCCUGCAUAACAGCUUUAUAUAAAACAUAUGAUGUAGUAACUCCAUAACCUUAUCCUAACCCCUAUACAUCUGUAAAGGUACUGCCUGUAAAGGAGGCAUAGUUUGUGUCCAAAUACUCUGUGUAUACCUAGUAUAUCUACCUCCCUCCUCAAAUACUUGCAAAUGGGAAACAAUAGACAAAAGGAAAUAGUUGGUGAACACAGUGAUAAAAUGACAUUUCUUAACAUUCUUAACUUUUCUAGAAGAGAGUAUUUUACCACUGGGUACUUUUACUAUAGUAUAAACAACUUCGCCCUCCACUAAGAAAUCUGAACAUGGUACAGAUGUGGCCACGAAAAAAAAGCAUACCCAAAGAUAAAAAAAACACCAAAAAUACCUUUCUCCCAGCAAUGUUUGUAAUUCUCAUGAGACAUUUCCUGAUUAAUACUUUCCAUUUUAUUAAUUUAUUCCUCUGUGUAUAUUUGUUUAUGAAGAAAGGCAGUAUGUAUUUAACCACAGAUCACAUGCUGUAUCAAAUAUCUGAUGUUUAUAGUCAUAAAUAAAAAUGCAUGACUGUUUUAGUACUUGUGUGUACUAUCAGUCAACAUCACUUAGUGAAUUGAAAUCAUUAUUUUUUUAGCAUAUGAGUCAAUGUAAAUGCAUUUGAUGAGAAGGCACAUAAAAAUAUGGUAUAAUUGAGAAGCAGCAUAUGAUGGAUGUCAGGAAAAGAAUUAGAAUAAUAAUAGCUUGAAUUUUUGUUACCUUCACAAAAUAAGUUGGUUGUGUAACUUUCUGCAUUCCUUGGGUGGUAUAUUUAAAUUAAGCAAUUGAAGAAAGAAAAGGAAAUUCUGAAAGUGAAGUAAAUGCCACACUGGUGCUGUAUUUGAAUACUUUACAGGUUUCUUAAAGGAAAUUAUAUUUGUGAUCAGGAUGAGUGAGCUUUUUUGAUUAAAAAGAAGAAACUUAAUGUUCUAUACAUUUUCCAAACUAUUCAAAAUUCACUUAAAAUGAUGGAAUAACUCCCUUGUCUUUACCACCUCCACCUUUUGGACAGAGACCAAAUCUGCAUUUGACUCCUUUAAGAGAAAAACAGGUAAACACCCUUUCCCCCUGUCUGUUGCUUCAGUCUUCCUUACUUUUUAGUAUUUUUAUUCCAUUCUCCAUAAGAAGCUCCAGACCCAUGCCAGCUUCUUUACAGAUUUUAUUUUAUUUCUAAUUAUUUAUUUUCCCAUAUUCUCAUUUCUUUUCUUGUUGGUGCUUCAGAAAAAUGUGUUGUUGCUGAAGUUUGGUAUUCUGAAGCAUGAAAAUACAGCCUGUUGUGUAAAAACAGCAGAAAAGUGACAUUUCUAUGGGAAAAAUAGUCUGUUGAAGUCAGUCCUUGGUAAACAAUUGAAGGAAUGUGUUUUCCCUGCCAUUAAAAUGAUUUCUAUCACAAAAAAAGUAAUCCUUGAGCUAUCUGAAUUUGCUUAUUUCCUCUCAUGAACCAAAUGUAUACUUCUAUAUUUCAAGUCUAUUACAGUCUAUACUUGCUGUAUUGAUUUGUGUGUUUCUAGCAAACAAGAUCAAUGAUUUUGAUAUAGCAGAGACACCAUGUUAUAGUCUACACAAUCUUAUUUUAAAUCUCAAACAAUUAAGUGAAACUCAGUUUAAAAGCACAUUUUUCAAUUAGAUUUCUAAUGCUUUCACAUAAGAAAAGAAUGUCAAGAGGUUUCAGGUGAAGGCAGGUAUUAUAAAAAGUGCCAGUCAGCUGGCAAAUGAUUAUAAUUAAACAUUAGAUCACUAUCCAAAAAUAAAAUCAGAGCAGAAUUGACAGUUUUCAAUUAUCUUGUUAUAGGACUAAGCCAGCUUUUGCUCACAAGGGAUUAAUUAUCACUGUACAUUUCCAUAUGAGCCUGUACUCAAAUCACCAUUGUAGCUGUCACUUCAGCUUUGGUUUUAAGUCUUUUUUUAAUAGGUGACUGUACAGUCAUGAAGUGCUGAAAGUUUGUGAAACAUAUUGGACUGUUGCCCUGUACUGUGUUUGUGCUUUGUAAACAAACAUCUUGCCUGGCUGCUGGCCUGGGUGUUGAGGUUGUGUACCUGACUGUAAAUUAGCAGAACGGUAUAUUUGUAUGUGAAUUCUUAUUACACUAUGACUUUUUGAAUCAUAGAUUUACUAAGGCCAGGCUGAUGUGAGGGAAGGUGUUAACUGGUGAAUUUUAUGUGCCUGGACCCCAGGUACCUAUGCCAGAAAUGGAAAUGAAUAGAAGAGUGUUGGUGCUACACUAAACUGAGCUAGCUGUGAAACACUGCUGGUAGAGAAACCUAUUUCUCCAAAGGGUAGUGUGAGAGAGAGUGUGUGUAUAUGUGUGUGUGUGUGUGUUCUCCUAGUGUCUAGUGUCAGCCAGUGGAAAUGUCUCAUCCUCCACUUGCAGGGCUGCAAAAGCCUAGAGAGAGUAAAGGGGGAGAUGGGACACAGCCAGGACUGGGCUAGAGGACUGAGCUGGAGGCAUUCACCUCUUCUGAUCAUAAAGCUGUAGGGGCAAACUGUAUGAGUCCAUGACUGCAUAGGAUAACUGUUGAUUUCCCAUUUUUGCCUCCAUUAAUCACAUAGUUGCUUCUUCCUUGCCAGCAUUAGCACUCAACUGACCAGAAAGAGAAGGGAUGAGUCAGCAUCUAAACCAGUUAAAGCCAAUCCCAGAGAAAGUGAGAUGGAAAAGUAGGUUAUAGAAUUUAGAUGUCUUCAGGUCUGUGAAAGUAAUAAAUAAAAUAGUAGGCUUGAAGGUGGCAUCACAAUUAUGAGUCCAGGCAUAGCUGGACUUGGUGGUUCAGAAUUCCUGUUGUGCUUGUUUUUAGCAUCUUAGUUUUUCAGUGCUUUCUGCUAUAAUUAAUUUGUGAGUGACCUUUCAGUAAAUUAAUUGAUCUCACACAUUUUCCUUUGAUAUAAUGAAGCAUUCCUUUUGAUUUUAAAAUAAAUUCGUCAGGAAUCCUGUAUUAUGAAAAGCAAAAUAUUUCAGGAUCUGAUUCUAAGUGUAUAUUGGUAAAAGUCUUACUGACCACACUGAUAUUUCUGAAUGAAGUAUAGUGGCCCAGUUGUUGAGAAUUCAUUCUUAGUACUUCAGGUUCCUUUAAAUGAAGCAUACUUACCAGCAAUUCUGAAGUGGUAUGAAAAAGCUGAUACUUGCUGUAGAGUAACUAGUAUUUGAAUUGCUCUUUGGCUGGAGAAAGUCAAGGGAAUUAUUUGAAAAUGAGGGAAAAAAUGUUAUGCUUUCUUGUGCUUUAUUGCAUGGAAUAUUCAUGGAGCAAUUGAUGGUAAGACAGAUGAAGUAGAAGGUUGUUUAAGCAAGACUUUUUGGUCCUAUCCAGAAUGUGCUUUAGAGAGUACUUGAACUGGAGAUACUUCCACUUAUAACAAGAAAUUUAAUUUAGAUUUAGACAUACUAAAAUUAGUAGUAAAUAUUAUUUAGGCCAGUUUUUCUCAUCAGGUGUCAAGAAUAGUAGGUGAGUUUCUUUUUCUCUUCCCCAUCCUCCUUUUUGUCAGUAACCAAAAAUUGUAAGGGAAAAAAGUCUUUUAAGCAAAGUAAUGUGUGGUAACGAUUUUAAACAAUACAUGUGGAGACCCUGUGGUUUGUGUGUUUGCCUAGGGCCUUUGUUGUUAGAGCACCAUCAUAUGCCAGCUUUAGUAAUGAGUGCUAGCCAACAUCUAUGUUGAUAGUUUGUUCUGAUUUUUUUUUUUUUUCAGAUUUUAUUUCAGUAUGAUGUAGGUAAAAGAAAAUCAAAAUGCUGGCUACCUUCCUGCUUGAGCAGAGCAGUUUGUCAGCUGAACACAUCUGGCCUUUGACAGGCAUGCUUGUAUUUGAUUACCUACUGAAGAUGUAGUGCAGGCACACACAAGUUGGGUAAACAUGCUGAGGGGGCAGUUUCCUUACCUCCCAUGAAGAAUAUUCAUCUUAACUUGUUUUAUGUAGAAUUAAACUCAUGCAGUUUCUGUUAGAAGGAACUUUUAAGUCAUUAAUUAUUUAUGUGAAUUUACAUGCUAUACUUUUGUCAAAAAAUUAUUUUAUGAUUUAAAAUGUUGUGUUAAUGAAUAUGCACAGCAAAGCAGUGUUUUUUAAGAUGCUGGAUCUUAAAUAAGAGGCUUAUUCUUUUGUGUGUGUUUUACCUGCAGAUGAUGCAGUUACUCUGUGUAAGUCUACUCAGAGAGGAGAGCUAGAGAGCAUGAAGUGUUUAGGGAAAGAUUCAUUGACCUUCACCCCCAGACUGCUUACAUGAGCAAUGCCUACAAUGGGUCACUAGAAAGUCUUUGCUUAACCAAUACACUUCAGCAAAAUAUGUCUGCAAUUUUUUCUUUAACAUUUGCCAUUAUGGCAGUCAUGAGAAGCUUAUAUUGCAGCAUCAGCUGUUUCUCUAGUCUUCUUUUAGUUGCCAUGAUUUGGGUUGCUUUUUCUUUUUAAAGGCAGGAAGAUGCAUAACUAAAACAUAAUGAUUUAUCUGCUGAAUAUUUUAAAUGUAGCAAAGAAAUUGAAAUAAGAUUUGACAAUUUGACUUAUGAUGUAUUGUAGAGAGAAAGGAAAAAUGUUUUAAGGGAACUGAACUUCUCAGAGACAUUCAGAGAGCUCUGCAAAUCAAUGCUGAGAGUGACGGACUCAUAUAUCAACCAUGACUCUGCACCAGCCAGAAAGUAAUGAGAACUUCAGUAAUUUGGCUCUGCUAUGGUUGAAUGCUGCUUCUGGGUGAAAUUUCAUGAGCAUAUUAGAAAUGAGACCAGGUCAUUUCUGUCUUAGCAGACAGAGGUAAUUUUAAAAAUAGUGGUACUUGCGCUGGAAAUAAAACUUGGGUGAACAGCAAACUAUAGCUGCCGAAGUAUAUGAGAGUAAGUGUAUGUAUUACACUUCAGCCAUUUAUUUCCCCCCUUUCUGUAGUGUUUUUAAACUGUUGUUUCCUUAUCAGGUAGAUUUGAGGGAAGAUCUGUAACUAAAGAGGUUAAGAAACAUAUUCAUGUUUCUUAAGUUAUGAGAAACCGUUGCAGUUUAUAAAAAAGGAUAUUGGGAUAACUCACUCUGUGGGAAAUCUUAGAAAAGAAGAAAGCAAAUAAAAAAGAAAACCAUCCCCUUAGUAUGUUUAUUUUUUCUGGUACUACUCUUUUCGUACCUCCCUUACCUUAAAAAAAAAUGGUGUGUUUACGUGCUCUUCUUUUAGCUGGAAUGGGAAAUUUUGCUGUAGCCUGAGAUAUUGUAAAGUAAAGAAGGGCUGUUCUUUUGAUACCAAAAGGGCAAACGUUUUGUAUUUGGACUGGGAAGCAUUUUUUUUUAAAGUAGUUUUAGAUUUUCUUUGCUCUAAGAAAUCUUCUAGUGUAGUAUUACAUUACCACCAUAUUCUGGUAAGGUUAGAAAGACUUUCAAGCAAGUAUUUUAAUUGUUUACCAAAAUAGAUCAGAAUCAAAUGAAAUUUGUGUGGUGAUGACAGUUCAUCAGGGAGAAGGAGGUUUGACUAGUGUUGAUACACAGUGUUUAACUCAUAAUUCCCUAGCUUUUUGUUGCUUUUCAAAUCACGUUAUUGUAUACAGAAGUCAGAGAUUUUUUUCCAAAGACAAACUCUAUUUUUGAAGACUGUCAGAAUUUUCCAUUGGGAUGGAAAAUGACUUGGAUGAAUAAUAGGGGGUGUGUUGUUUUCCCCCUCUGCCCCAUGUUUAAAGCAUCUUUCUCUGGCUGCCAAACUGUAUCUUGUUCUGUUAGGUUGCAGUUACUGCUGUCAGAUAUUCAGAUGGCUGUAAGAAGUCACAGAGUGGGUUUUUUCCACUUUUUCCUGGACUAAAAAAGUAUUAUGGCUUUUUUCCUUACUUCUAUAUUUGUAUUUAUUUGAAGUUCUACUAGAGUAAUCCAUGUCUGUCCCUUCCAUGGCUUGCUACUGCAGUCUGGGAUCAUCUCAAGCACAGUGGGAAUCUGAAUUUUGUCCCUCAAAUUUAGAAACAGUCACAUUUCUGAAUUUAAAAAAUCCCGAUCAAACAACUUUUUUCAAUUCAAUUUAAAAGUAGCUUACAUUUUUCUAUAAAACAGCACCUUACAAUUAUUUUUUAAAAAUUAUCUCAGCAUUUAAAGUUUGUAUUUUCAACUGUUAUUCAUGUAUUUGUUGUUUUUCCCAUGAUAACAUUAAUUUUAAAAUAUGCAAUGAUUUAAAAAAAGUUUCUAUACAGCAGGAACAGAUGGCACUUCAGUAUUGAAAUGGCCUUUGGACUGAAAAAUAAAUUUUUAUUCAAGAACUUUGACUUAGCUUUGAAAAUAGUUCAUGUGAGAGAGUCUGUUACAGCAGUUUGCACUGGUCCAUGAAAAGAUCUGAUUUAUGGCAGUAUUCCUCAACUAAAAAUGUGUAGCAGGGUGAAAUCACAUUUCUUGAUGUGAAUCACAAUUCUUAUCUUCCUUGCUGCCUCUCUGUGUGAUACACAUGGUAAAUAUGGGCAGGAUCUAGCCUGAACACCUCCCAGUACCAGGAGGGUAAGAAGGGGAAUCCUUGAGCAUUGAGCUCAAGAGUGACUGAAAUUCCGUUGUUUCCAGGAGCAUCACAGCCUCUUGUCUAACUGAUAAGCUCUUCCAGUAAAAGAAUUGCAGAAUAGCAAUUGUCAUUCCUGGAAAAUGCCUGAUUAGAUGCUCUCUCCCAUAGAGUGGAACAAAUCAGUGAUGGGGAAGGAGGAGAUGUUUUGCCUUUGUUGUUCAGUCAAGUUGAUUUUCAGUGUGCAGGUGGCAUCUUCACGCUAGAGUGAUAGACAUAUUAGAAAAAUACACCAGUGGGACUUUGCCCCAUUUUAGUCAAAAUGCAGAGGUAAUUAAUGGUGUAAGGAGAAAAUGCCACUCUGUUGGACAACUGUUCAGCACAUUAGAUUAAAACAUGAGUCACUUCUUUGGACAGGAACAGCCAUUGCAGAGGAAGCUGUUGGGCUUUGACAGCCUGGAUGAAGAGGGUUGUUAAAAUUCCUGAACAAGAAUUUGAAAUGAGGAAUAUUGAAUAUAUUACCAAGAUUCUUCUUUCCAGGAAGUGGUACUUUACAUUCCAUCUUAAAAUUAAUUUUAAAGUUAAGAAAUCUUAGGUACAAGAAAUGUAUUUUAUCUUUUGCUUUUCAGAAUCAAUCCUCUUAAAUUCGUUAGUUUUCCAUAUGUUGUCUCUAGGGCAUCAUUUUGUGAUAAGUGUAUGUUCUAUUUAUAAUAUUUGUUAGUUGUUCUUGAGGGGCACAUGGGCUUGUUAGUGCCCAAAACUGUAAAUGCAGUUACCUGAAUAGUGGGGCUUGUCUGGAGAGGGUUGGGUUUCAUGAAUCAGGGUUUUCUGCCUUGUGGGGUUUUUUUCUUUCUAAUUAGACAUGGCUCUACAGGUUUUUUUCAUCUGAGGAGUAUAUUAAGAGAUAUUUAUACCAGGCCUUCUAACUUUCGACAAUAAUCAGAAUCAUCAAGGUUGGAAGAGACUUCUAAGCAUUAAGUCAAAUUUUUCACAGAAGGAGAUCAUGUUGGUCAAACAGGGCCUUCCAUUUGUAAAUCCAUAUUUGCUGGGCUUGAUCCCCUGGUUGUCCUGCAUGUGUAAUGGCACUCAGAAUGAUUUCUUCCAUAAGCUUCCCUGAGGUUAGGCUGAUGGGCCUGUAAUGCCCUGGAUCAUCCUUCUGACCCUAACAAAGCUUCAUUAAUAAUUUGCUUGACCCUACUAUUACUCUGAUACUCCUAUUACCAACAGAAAUUGCGUGGAUAAGUUAAAAACUGGUGAGGGCUUUCAUCCAUCCUGGUAUCAAGCUUAUUUUUAAUCAGUAAGUUCCCAGUCUUGAAAAUUAAUUUAAAGGGUCAUAUUGCAUGCCUCUUCACUGCUGUCUGUGGAAGAAGCUGUACAAUCCAAAUCUUGCUCAUUGCACAUGGAAGCCUGUGUUGGUGCUGCUGGUGGUGCUGGACUGCAGAUUUUCUGAGCGUUUGGGUGGCCUCCAGAAAGGGAGGAGAUGGCCAGCACAGAGGAGCACUCCUCAUCCUCGAUACUGUUAGUACACUUCCCAGUGGUUAAUUUAUCAUGAGCCAGUGCCUUGCUGACCUCUGCAGAGAGCUAAUGUAAUGUGCUUUUUAGGUUUUCAUGAGAGAUGGAUGCCACUUCGCACAAUCCAGUUCAGUCACCUGUGAUGAAACUUAAGUGUGUCAAGCCAAAACUAAAUGUGAAUGAGGCUGUGCUAAGGUGCAUGUGGGAAAGAGUCGACCUAUUCCCAUUUGUUUUCUUCUAACAAACUCUGGUAGGGUCUGAAAGAUUGCUACUUGUCAGGAAUCUAUCUUCUGUUUCAUCAUUGUGCAGUGGCUUGAUUUCCAGUCCCUCAUGUUUUGUGACAGCCUUUUAAGAAACUAAUGCUGCUGCUGUGACUGUUCAGAAAGGAAAAGGGAAAAGGAUUUUAUCUAGAAUUGUAUUACAAAUCUGCUUUCAUGUAAGGACCCCAUUACAUUGUUUACAGCUUUUUUAUUCCACCAUGUGCUUUGCUUUUUUUAAUCAGACUGUACCUAAUUCAAUUUUGAGGGUUUGUUUAUUUUAUUCAGCCUCUACUGCAGAAGAUGACUAAUGAACGAUAUUUUUUUUCUUUUAACCUACUGUGUAUGCAGUGCUGCAUGCCACUGCAGUUUGUCUGUUCUUUUGUAUCCACUGGAUGUCUGCUUUUUAUUUUUGUUUUAUUUUGGUUUUAUUUUCGGUUUUAUUUUCCUCCCAGUAUAAACCUAUUUGGCUUGCUGAUACCUCCCAGGAAUAUUUAGCCUCUCAGAAAGUUUGUGCAUAAAAUACCAAUGCAGAUGUUUGUGUAUGUUUUAAAUUAGAUGUCUAGAGUAUUUAGUAUUCAGAUACAGUGGUUUGUUUUGGGCACAUGAAAUUUAAUUAUAAGGCAGAUUGUACUUGUCUUCAAAAAUAGGGUACAAGACAAAAAAUGUAAUCCAUUUCUUCUUCAAUAACUGUUGCAGUAAAAAUUCAAAUUCAUGGAAUAUUUGUCAUACAAACAACUGGUCUUGAAGUUAUAUUUCAUAAAUAAGGACAAGAAUUUAAUUCCAAACAGCCUCCUGGCAAAUGCAACAAAAGGCAAAAUGAUCUUGCUCUGUAACGGGGAGUCUGUUGCCCUCCGAGACAAGCUUGAGAAGAGAUAACGUGCAUAUGGGACAGAUAUGGAGGUCACGUGACCUGUAACUGUUUCACCAUCAGUAAUGGAGAGAUGCAGGAUGUUGGUGUUGGCCUGUAUCCCAGCAUGUCUUUACUGAACCACAGCUGUGACCCAAACUGCGUGAUCGUUUUUGAAGGGUACCAGCUUUUACUUCGCUCUGUCCGAGAGAUCCAGAUUGGUGAAGAGCUCACCAUCAGCUAUGUUGAAUCACUGAUGCCUACCAGGGAACGCCAGAAGCAGCUGAUGCGCCAGUAUUGCUUCGAAUGUGAUUGUCCGCUCUGCCAGAAUCAAGAGAAGGAUGCUGAGAAAUUGGCUGGUGAAGAGCAUGCCUGGAAAGAAGUCAAAGAUGCUGUAAAUGAAGUGAGAUAUCCAAAAUCAAAAGAAGAGUGGAAUCUUGUUCUGGAAAGAUGCCAGAAUCUCUUGAGGAGGCACAAGGGUCAUCUACCAGAUACAAAUAUCUAUCAGCUGAAAAUGCUUGACUGUGCCAUGGAUGCCUGUAUUAACCUUGAAUCCUGGGAAGAAGCAUUGUAUUAUGGCUGCAGGACUCUGGAACCAUACAGACUGUAUUAUCCUGGCUUCCAUCCACUGAGGGCUGUCCAGCUGAUGCGAGUGGGCAAACUGCAGUACAGUCAAGGCAUGGUUCCUCAGGCACUGGAAACCUUGAAACAGGCCUAUAAUAUUAUGAAGGUGACCCAUGGGACAGAUCACAGCCUGAUGAAAGUCUUGAUGGAGAUAAAGGAAGAGUGUGAGGCCAUGAUGAGUAUACAGUGAAGAUAAUCUCUAGUCUGGAAAACAAAGUAUUCAAGGACAAAGAUGAUGUUUUUUAUUUUAUUGUGAAGCUUCUCAGUGGUUUUAGUGUCUUUUCUUUAGGUCCUAUUUGCUUUACAAAAAGGUUCCAAUUGGUUUUGCUGUAUGGUCUGAAUUGAGUUGGUGUUUGGCAGAAUUCCUGUAAUUUUCAGAGGAUUUUUUUUGUCAUCAAUCAUCAGUCUUAUUGACAAUAACUAACAACUCCUAAUCAUUUGAUUGUAAGUAUUGGGAAAUGCAUACAGAGUCUUCAUCAGUUACAAAGUUAUCUAAUUCUGCCGAUAUCAGCGAUUUUUUAUAUCAGUUUAUGCCGGCAAUUAGGAAUCUCUUGUCAGACACAUUAUAAAUUAAGAUAAUAUACUUUUGUCCCUUUGCCUUGCCCUUUGGUAUGGUUUCCAAAAGCCUGACCAGUGCUCUUUGACAUCAAAUAAAUUUCCUAAUGUUUUAUAUGGGAUUUUCUGCCCUGCCAAUAGAUCUGUAGGGCUUUGUCUGUCUUCUUCUUCCAUUUCAUACCUUAUAAUAUUGAAUACUAAAAUGGAUUAAAUAAAAAAUUUUAUCAUAGGUGGAAAUUGCUUACUCUGCUUUUUCCCCUUUUUGCCAUCUUCAAGAGUUUCUCACUUCAUAACAGUUUUAAAAACAGAUAUUUGGACCUGGGAGAUCAGUGCUGUGGCUUCUAGAUCUUUCUGAGUCUGUGGGGUUUGAAUGUCACAUCCCCAAAUAGAGAAGCCCAGAGACAUGCAGAUGAACAUUGUCAUCCCUUGGGAAGACAAGAAUGUCUUGGAAAGCACAGGCACACUAUUUCCCCCUGCUCAUCAGCAAGAGACUUGUUCUUGCCAGAGCUGUUUACUUCCAUUUUUAACACAUAAACAAAUAUUAACAAAAGCCAGUAUUUAUGAGGGACACUGAAACUGAAAUAAUUUAAGGCCUUUGAAAGUAUUGCUUCAGGUGUGUCACUCCUCUAACAAUUUAUUGCUGCUACUCCAGCCAUGACUGUUACUUCAUUAAUCCAUCAUUGUUGUAAAGUCAGGCUUUUUUCACACCAGUAACCUGACACCAUUAAUUAUUACAAGAUGAGAACACAUUUCAAAAGAAAAUGAACACUCUGGGCGUAAUUUACAGCCAUGGCACACGAAUGCCAGGGCUGAGGAAGAUAUCUCCUUUCAAGACGUUUGAAUUUGUUCCAGCGUUUGGAGCGUUCACUUGCCCGGCAGUAAUGUGCAGGCAAUAACCUCUGAAAUGCACUGCAUUUCUGGAGUACAUAGCGUGGCUUGCUGCCAGAGGCCAGGUCGUAUCAGCCACCCAAGAAGUGCAGUAAUCCUCACAGAAAUUCACUGCUUGGUUGGGUCUUCCUGCUAUUAUAAAAAGGAAAUUGUCUGGGGGAAAAGGUCAGACCUUUGCACUUAUUGGGAGUUCUGACAAAGUAGUGAUAGACAACCAGUCUUCAAAGCCUAUUUUCUGGUUUUAAAUGGGCACAUGCAUAUUGGACUUUACAUGAUUUUUGUGUAAAGAUCAUGCUUACGUUAGCUCGUGUUUACAUAUCUGGUACUAAGAUUUGCACAUGGAGGGGACUUCAGAAUCUAAGGUCAGAUGAUGCAUUAGUUUGUGCUGCAAAUCCUGGGAGACAGCCCAGAAGCCCUCAGGCAUGCAGACACAUCUGCAGGUAUGAACUGCAGCACUGUUUGCUGGGGCUUCUGCUACAAGGACACCUCAACAGUCCAAGGUAGGAGCUGGGGGAUAGGCAGAGUCGCCUGCUGUCAUAUGAGAGCCUCUACUUUACAGCAAGUUGAAACACUUACCUGUGCUGGGGCCUUCUUUCCAGCUGUGGUCUUCUCUGGGAAGACACUUGGAGAAAAGGUACAAAGGAAACAGUUCAAUGACAGUCUGAUGGGAAACAGAGAAGGAGUGUGCUGUUGGCUGUGGUGUCGCAGCAGCAGCUAUGCUGCCAUGAGGGCAGAGCUGUUGGAAAUCCAUCCACAGCCCUAAUGCUCAAUGCAAGAAACUGAAUGGGCUCCAGGAUCCUCAGUAUGGGGCCACAACCCAUGCUUUACAUUAAUUAGGGUUGAUGCAAAACUUCUUUCAGCUUGGUCAAGGCAAGAGUCACAUUUUCUGGUUGUUUUCAGUCUUUUACUGAGCAAUUUCCCUUGGAGAUUCCCAUGAACUAACACUACCAGCAGUGCUGCAGAGGAGGUUGUUGUGGGCAGACUUUUUCUCCCGGUGGUCCUGCUCCAGUCUACUUUCUGCAGAGAAUGCUGGAGUGUGAUUGUGGAGGGAUUCACCUGAAUGCAUCGUUUGAAAGUGCAGCAGCAGGCAAGGGUGCCAGGGAGGAGGCAACAUUAGAUAAGCACUCAUUUCAAAUCAAGUAAUGUUAUCGUUGCACAGACAUCAUGUUUCAGUUUUCAUUAAUAAUGUCUGUCAAAAUUUUCAGGUGCUGGUAUUAGUGGUAAGAUAAAGAUGCUAAAGUCAGAAAGAGGCAUACUGCAACAUUAUCUGUAAUGCUGGCAGGUUUGCUGCUUGCUUCUCACAGGUUGGAGGCUUUUCUGGUGCCUUUUGGAAAGCAGUGGUUACUUGAGUUCACCUCAAGUUUUAGGAAUGAAUUUUGAGUUAAUUGUGUUUUGUCACUCUCUCUUAAAUUAGUCCAGGCAAAACAAUGUUAGAUUGCACUCAGAGGGAGCAGAAUCACACUAUCUGUUUGGAAGAAAAGAAGUAGCAGAACACAGGGAAAAAAACAUGGGUAAUGAUACAGUUUUGCUAAGAAUAACUGAUUACAGUUGAACAGAACAUUUGUCUUAAACAAAAAUAAAUGCUCCCUAAACUCUGGUAUUUCUUUAAGCAUGGCAUAAUUCUCUGUAUCCAUGCCCCUCAAGGGUGCUGACCUGCAGUUGGAAGUAAAAACUCUCCAAGACCUUGGCAAACAGACUAUUAUGCAGCGCAUAGUAGAGGUAGUAGAAAGUGAAAGAAAAGCACUGAGGGAAAAUGCAGUAAACCAGUUUUUUAGAGCUUUGAUCUCUUUGAGUCUAUCAGCCUGUGUGUGAAGUCCAUCGUGCAUGGGUUUAUGCCAAGAAAACUCUCCCACUACUCAGCAUUUUUUCUGCUUCUCAUUGUAACCCUCUUCUCUGAUAGCUAGGUUUUCAAGUGAGCCUUUCUUAGACUUGUUAUUUUUUUACAGAACAUGUUUAUGAAAUACAGAGGCUAUUUCCCCAUAGAGUAUAUUUCAACUAGUCCCUGGCCCCUGCAAAGCUCUUAAUGAACAGAGUUCCAUUUUUCACAGAGGUUGUGCCAAUUAUGAGGAUUUUUUUCCGAAUCAGAAUUAAACCUCCCAUAAGACAAGAAGGAGGAGGAAGGUCUUACAAUUAUGGACAUGGAAUUCUGGCAUGGCUUCUCUGCUGCCCCAGAAAGUGUGUCUGACCUUGGGCAAAUCAGACAGGGUUAGACAUCC